AUGUCUGUGUUGAGUAAGGAGUCGGGUGGUGAUUAUAAUGUUGGUUGCAUUGCUAAGGACAUUCAGAAUUAUUUGGGCAAUCGAAGGAAGCAACUUCUUAAUGAGGGAGACGCACAAAAGUUAUAUGAAUACUUUUUGGAAAGCGAACGUAAUAAUCCAAGGUUUGUAUAUUCGAUCCAAGUUGAUGCAGAUGGAUCGAUGGGAAAUUGCUUUUGGGCAGAUGCGAGAUCAAGAGCCGCAUAUCAAUAUUUUGGCGAUAUUGUUACGUUUGACGCUACGUACCUAACAAAUCGCUACAAAAUGCCAUUUGUUCCAUUCACUGGAGUUAACCAUCAUCAUCAAUCUAUCAUGUUUGGAUGUGCGUUAUUGAUAAAUGAGACAGCUGAGUCUUACACAUGGUUAUUAAAAACAUGGUUAGAAGCGAUGCUUGGUCGUGCUCCCUCUACAAUAAUAACUGAUGAUGACAAGUCAAUGGCUAAGGCCAUCGCGAAUGUAUUGCCCAAUACAACUCACAAAUUGUGUUUAUGGCAUAUUCUACAAAAAUUUCCUGAACAUUUAGCCCAUGUUUAUAAUAGAUAUGCACAAUUUAAAUAUGAUUUUAACCGCUGCAUUCAUGAGACAUUAACUAUUGAGGAGUUUGAGUUGGAGUGGACUGAAAUGUGUUUGAAGUACAAGUUAGAAGAAAAUAGUUGGUUGCAAACUAUUUAUGUUAAGAGAGAAAAGUGGGUGCCUACUUAUUUGAGAUCAACAUUUUGCGCUGGAAUGUCUACAACUCAACGAAGUGAGAGUAUGAAUAAGUUUUGUAAAGACUAUGUUCGUUCAAGUACGAUGGUAAGUGACUUCGUCCAUCAAUAUGAUAAAGCUUUGAAUGCCCGUUAUUUAAGUGAGAAAGAGAAAGAUGUGAAGACAAAAACAUCGAGGCCUAUUUUGAAAACUUCCACCAGUAUUGAAGAGGAAGUGGCCAAGCUCUACACGAGAAAAUCCUUUUUGAUCUUCCAAGAUGAGUUAUUUAAUAGCCAACGGUUCAAGGCACGCAAAAUACGUGAGGAAGAUGGACGAAAAAUUUAUUUAGUGGGCAUUAAUGGGUAUGAAAAACUGACAUAUGAAGUAGUACUUGGGAUGGAGAAAAAUGUUGUUUCUUGUACAUGUUGUAAAUUUGAAUUUAUUGGCUUCCUAUGCCGGCACAUCCUACAAGUUUUGACAAAAAAAGAUUGUUUGGACCUUGUGCAAUCAUAUGUGUUAGAGAGGUGGACGAUCAAUGCAAAGAGUCGCAUGGUAGAUGGGAUAUGUGUCGAUGAGGAGCCAUUGGAGACUGUCCCAACUGCAUUAGUCUCGAAACAUCGUUUGAUGAGACAGUUUUAUAUAGUUGCCGAGAUGGGGUCACUAUCUAUUAAGAAAUAUGAGCAUGCUUGUAAGGGAAUAGAGACUAUUCAUCAAGAGCUUCUCUUGAUGAAUGAGGAUGAUGAUGGUGGUAACAGGGAGGGACAUCCAGUCCAGAGCAAAAUAGUCUCAAACUUUUCAUUGCAAGAUCCUCCAAUCAUUGUAUCUAAAGGAAGGCCCAAAUCAUUACGACACAAGAACCCAAAGGAAAAUGCACCAAUGAAGAAGCGACGAUGCAGCAUUUGUAAACAAGAAGGUCAUGUUAGAACCAACUGUCCUUCACAUAGGAAUAUGCAAUUCCCACAAAUGUCAGAAAAUGAAGAGUAUGGAGCAUCUUGGAAUUUUCAGUACAAGAAGAUUAAUUAUCGGGCAGCUGAUUUUUUGUAG